AUGAGGCAUUCAGAAGUUGCAACAGGCAUCUCAUUUGACAGCAAAGCCCAAACCAUGUUCACGAUGAUCAUUUGGAUCGAUUUCAGAGUAAAAACUAUCAAGAUAAGAGAGAACUGCACAAUUAAGCUGCAAAUAUGGGAUACAGCUGGCCAGGAACGAUUUCAUGCUCUGACAACUCAUUAUUGUCGAGGGUCAAAUGGCCUUAUGCUUGUCUAUGAUAUUACAAAUUUAAAGACCUUCACUAAUAUCACAUAUUGGAUUAAAGAUACUGAUGAGCAUGCAGAGAAUGAUGUCGGCCGAAUAUUGAUUGGUAAUAAAUGUGACAUGAUGGUGGCACGGCAGGUUUCAUGGGACAAUGGGAAAAGGCUUGCCCAGGAACAUGGGAUGCAGUUCUUUGAGACCAGUGCAAAAGAGGACAUGAACAUCGACAAAGCAUUUGCAGCCCUAGGAGAAGAAAUAAUAAGAAAGAAUCCCAAACUUUUGCCAAAUGCUGAUUCAAUUCAUAUUAAGGAAUCUUCAGUUCAGACCUGUUGCACCGGAAGAACCAUCAAAGAUAUGUGA